CGUGUUCUGAUGAUUCAGGUGUGCUUUCUCCUCGUCUCCCUGCAGGUCCCGCUGGUCCAGGUCCCGCCCCGCCACGGUCUGGCUCCUCCCCCUCCUAUCAGAGCCAUAAAAUGCCCCUCCCACCUCAGUACCCUCCCUCUGGGCCCCCCAGUUCGCAGUACUACAAGCAGGACCAGUUUAACGGGCAGAGCGGCUUAAACACUCUGACAGCAGGGGGCGCCGCAGGAGUGUAUAACUCCUUCAACCAGCCAUCAGGGCCGGGGCGAGGGUUGCCAGGUUACCCCUCUUCUCCGGUUCCAGGAAACCCAACACCUCCCGUCACCCCCAGCAGCUCCAUGGCUCCGCCCUACAUGUCGCCUGGCAACAGUGACGUCAAGCCGACGCCUUCUCCCUUCCUGCCUGACAUCAAACCCAACAUAGCUGGCCUGGCCCCUCCCCCGCCGACAGGUAACCCUAGCGACGACCUGCGGCUGACCUUCCCAGUGAGAGAUGGCGUGGUCCUGGAGCCCUUCAGAUUAGAGCACAACCUGGCCGUCAGCAACCACGUCUUCCAGCUGAGAGAGUCCGUCUACAAAACACUCAUCAUGAG